UAUGGCAUAGAAGUCGGCUGGGGAUGGAACAACGGCUGUCGGCGAACGUUAUAAUUGCACAAGUUUUCAACGUGGCAUAGAUCCUAUGCUCUUUAAAAGUAUUUCCUAACCCUACAGCAAUUUUCUAAAACAACACAGCCAAGGCAAAGAAACCUUCAAGAAAGAAAUUUGUGAUCCACAGAAAUAUGCUUGUGAUUGCAUACAUCUCGUUUGGUGUUCUUUCCGCACUUUGUGGUAUUUUUCACUUUUGGUGCAAAACAGGUCAAAGGGAUGACACGAUGAUAGUGAACCCCAACUUUGUCUCAUUCCAAAACAGCUACUUCAGAGUUUACUUCCUAGCACUAAUGGCUGAAUGGCUCCAGGGACCGUACCUUUACAAACUCUACAGUCACUACGGCUUCAUUGACACGCAAAUUGCCAUAAUUUAUGUGUGUGGCUUUGCCUCAAGUGUUGUGUUUGGAACUUCUAGUGGAUACUUUGCAAGUGUGUUUGGCCGUAAAAAGGCUUGUGUAGUUUUCACAUUACUGUACUCAUUGUGCUGCCUGACGAAGCUGUCAAGAAACUAUGGUAUUCUAAUCCUUGGAAGAAUUUUGGGUGGAAUCUCUACUUCCUUGUUAUUCACAGCUUUUGAUGCAUGGUAUUUGUAUGAACACACACAGACCCAUAAUUUUCCUAGUGAGUGGGUUUCUGCAACAUUUGCCAAAGCAACACUCUACAACAGCAUCAUCUCAGUAGUAGCUGGGAUUUUAGCCAACACCGUAGCUGAAUGGAUGCCUUUUGGACCAGUGGCCCCAUUUGUCCUUGCCAUACCAUUUCUUAUUGCAACUGGGAUUUUGAUCCAAUUUACUUGGGAUGAAAACUAUGGUGGAAAGAAUAACAAAGUUAUUCAACCAUGUAUUGAGAGCCUACGACAUAUUAUAACAAACAACAAAGUCAUGUCUAUUGGCAUUGUUACCUCACUUUUUGAGAGUGCCAUGUACAUAUUUGUUUUUUUGUGGACUCCUGUUUUGGACAGAGGGCAUUUGUAUCCUCCUCUGGGAAUCAUCUUUUCAUGUUUCAUGUUGUGUGUUACUCUAGGUGGCUUUCUGUUCAAUUUUACCGUCAAACUAGGUAUAAACCCAGCCAAUGUUGUGAUUUUAACUAUUAUUGUAGCAUCUGGGGCAAAUAUUGGUGCAGUUUUUUCCAAUGCCUUGCAUCCGAGUACAUCAUUUAUUCUGUUUAUUAUCUUGGAACUAGCUUGUGGGCUGUACUUCCCAGCAAUGGGUUGGUUGAGACAAAGGAUUCUACCUGAGGCCCAUCAUGCUGGUAUUAUAAACUGGUUCAGAGUACCGCUGAAUGCUAUUGCCGCAAUUGUUUUGAUGGUACUUCAUGACACUCAUAGCAGUCAUGGUAUAUCUGCAAUAUUUGCCCUUUGUUCAUUAUUGUUGGCUGUGGCAGGUAUUGCUGCUGUAAGACUCUCCGUCCUGUCAAGAAAUGAUGAAAAUUUGAAACUUGUCCAUGACAUGGAAGAAGGACUUUGAAGAACUACAUCUAAUCAGAUAUAUCUUGCCUUUGGAAGAUGUGAUCUUCAUUUUUAGGUCACAACAUGAAGGAAAGGGGUUGACUAAGAAAAUUGUGUGGCUGUAAGUCACUAACCUCACUUCAGUUUGAUGUAGAAACAUUUUACACGCUUAAGUGGCC